AUGCAGGAAGAUGUGAAGGAAGCUGUUCUGUGCAGUUUACCGCACUGCUUGCAUCGGCUCAUCCCAAGUGCCGCACCGGACAAAACGCUUGGUGGCAAUCCCUCGAUAACAGUUAAUCCCGCAGCCCAACAAGAAAACACCACGACCACAGUUUUUUGGCGUAGGCUGCAGUGGAGCACUAAAACCAAAUCGAUCCCACAAACUGAAACCGCAACGAAUGUGCCUGCGCGAAAGCGCCGAUCAUUUCCAUUGGUUUGGCAGCACCCAACUGCGAAGUGA